AUGAUCCUCAUGCAUUUCCCCGGGAACAGUGCUUCCGCCUUGUCUCCGCUGCUUCGUUCCACUGGUGACAACCACCUCCUUGUCCCUCCCAUCCCUCCCGACCCCCUGAUCCUGACCCCUCUAACCAGGGCCGGCUUAGGGCAUGGGCAUGCUCUUCUCUCGAGCUCUGCGGUUAAAGUAUCAAGCUCUAAACUUUCUACUGAAUCAAAUGGUCCAGUUCUCUCUCAAACUUCAGCUGUCUCUGGUUCCAAAAGCUCUGGAUCUAGAUCUCAGAAUACUGUUCACCUCGACCUUGGAAACUUUAAAGUUCUCCCUCCUAAAUACUCCUCUCCAAUCCAAACUAACAGAGCCUCCAAAUCUUCGCUAAAUCCCCCACCCCUAGCUCCGAUUCCAACCCUCAAUCAUCAAAACCCACAAAUUCCACCUCAAACCUCUGGAAGUUCUAAUCAGCCCCAACCUCCUCUUGUUCCCCCUCCAAUCACUCCUCCAAAUACUACCCCUCCCUUAACUACUGAUAAACAGUCCACUCAACACCAACCACCACCUCCACUAGUCGAAAGACUCCGCCGUUCUCAAAAUAAAACCCUUAGUAGGCUUGCUCCUGUUACCAUAUCUGAUACUGGAAGACCUCGGGUUUCCAUUCCAGACAGUGUAUUCCAAAAAGGUGCUGAGCUCCACAAGGAUUUCAUAAUUUGUUAUUUCAACGGCAGUCCUCCACCUUUCAAUCAUGUGCAGAGUAUACUGAAUCACAUGUGGGGAAAAGGAAAACGUGUAGAAAUACAUACCAAUCCUCUUUCGCGUUCAAUGCUGGUUAGAAUCCCAUCUGAUUACCUCCGGGAGAAAAUUUUGGAAAAGCGAGUUUGGUACGUUGGUGACUCAAUGUUUCAAGCUAUACAAUGGACCUCCUCUGCUUCUAGUUCCUCUCCCCCGUUGGACUCAAUACAGAUUUGGGCUCAUCUGAAUGGAGUGCCACUCGACCUUCGUCAUCAGGAAGGUUUGAGUCUGGUUGCUGGUCUGGUUGGUGAUCCAAAGGAAACAAAUGAUUUUACUCUGAAUCUUGUGAGCUUGACUUUGUCUCAUGUCAAGGUUGAAGUUGACCUGACAAAACCCUUACCAGAUGUUGUUGAAUUCACUCGUGAUUCUGGUGAAGUUGUGGAAGUCUCGGUCACCUACCCCUGGGUUCCACCAACGUGCUCUCACUGUAAAGAACUAGGGCAUAUAAUGAGGAAUUGUCUCCAUGUUCCUUUGCAGCCUAAGAAAGCAGCUUCAACAACUAAAUCAAAGGGAAAGAAACCUAGUGUAGUAGAGAAAGAAGUUUCUCACACCUCAACUAGCAACGAGGCUGUGAACCAGGUGGCUUCUACUUCUCAGUCUGAUCGCCCUUUGACCUCCUCUGAGACUAAGAAUGGUCCCGCCUCUGUGCUUGCAACCUCGCCCUAUCAACCCGCUUCACCCUCUUACCCCUCCGAACCUUCCUUCCUACCUCCUCCCAAAAAAAAGACCACACAAAUCAACCCUCCUCUCAUUGAGCCAUCAAAACACUUCCUUAUAUCAAACAACUCUCCUCAAACCCAGCUUGUCCCUGUUACACUAAACUCCUCUCCCUCCAGUUCCCAUGACUCUAAACCUCCCUUAAAACGCUCCAGAGCUGACAACUCAAACCACCAAUUCCCUUCCUUCACUGACCAGCUAAAAUCAUUCACUGUUCCACCCACUAAACUCAUAUCAAAACCCAUAACCUUAACCACCUUAUGGAAAAACUCUGUAGAGGUUGGAACUUCGAAUGAAAGUUCAGAGCACACUGACCUGUGGGUGGAACUGUUAAAUACUUAUCAGAAUCUCUCUCUCCACUCUUCCCCAUGGAUGCUAGGUGGAGACUUUAACCAGAUACUCCACCCUGCUGAGCACUCUGUAUCUGCGGUAAAUUCUUUGACGCCAUAUAUGAUCCAAUUCAGGGACUGCCUAACUCAAAUGGGGCUCUUCGAUCUUCGCUAUCAAGGCUCCUUCUUCUCUUGGACAAACCGUUGCCCUGUGAACCCAAUAGCUAAAAAACUUGACCGCCUCCUUAUCAAUAACCAUAUCCUCAACCUUUUCCCAAACUGUUCAGCCUUCUUCCUCCCUUCCCAAACCUCAGAUCAUUCUCCCUGUCUCCUCAACCUAGCCUAUAAAAUGCCAUCAUGUGGUACCCGCCCCUUUAAGUUCUAUAACUAUCUAUCCAAACAUCCCGGUUUUCACCAAGUGGUACUCGAUGCAUGGACACAAGCCGGAAGCACUGCCUGGAACCUCACAGCUCUUGCUUGGAAACAGAAACAAAUAAAGAGUGAUCUUAAAACACUGAAUAAAUAUAAUUUCUCUCAAAUUCAAAUAAGAGUGAGUGAGGCUAACCGUGUUUUACAAGAUGUGCAGGUACAGGUUAUGCAGGCCCCCUCAACGCAGACAUUCGAACUUGAAAAGCAAGCACUUGAGCGCUGGAAUUUCCUAAGACUGAUAGAGGAGUGUUACUUCAAACAAAGAUCAAGGAUCAAUUGGCUUAAAGAAGGGGAUCAGAAUACUUCUUACUUUUUCCGAAUUGUGCAGACACGCCUGAACUACAACACCAUCCGAUCGUUUGUACUUAUCUCUGGCAUUAUCCUCACUGAUCCAUUGGACAUGAGCUCUCACGCAGUUCGUCACUUCUCUAAUAUCCUCGGCCCCAUGCCCCCCAUGCGCGUCAACAUGGUCUCUACAGUACAAUGGUUUCAAUCUCUAUCUCUUUUUCGUUGUGAUCAGAACCAGUGUGUCCAAAUGACUACUAUUCCUACGGUCGAGGAGAUCACCAGGGUCAUGCAUAAGCUCAAUUCUAACAAGGUGCCGGGUCCUGAUGGCCUUACAUCUGGUUUCUACAAGUCUGCAUGGUCGAUUGUGGGUGCUGAAGUUACAGGCUCCAUUCAACACUUCUUCUUAUCUUCCUUUAUGCCUGCAACCACAAACAGCACCAUCCUCUCGCUGGUCCCAAAGCACAAUGGAGCUUCAAAUAUCACUGACUUUCUCCCUAUAUCUUGCCUUAAUACAGUCUACAAAGUUGUCUCCCGUUUGCUGGUGAAACGUCUGAAGCCAAUACUGACGCCACUCAUUGUCCCUAACCAGACAGCAUUUGUUAGAGGAAGAUUGUUAGUGGAAAACACAUCUCUUGCUGGGGAACUUGUGAAUGGGUAUCAUAAGCGAAACGGUAGAAAAAGAAUAACACUCAAAGUUGAUAUAGCAAAGGCUUUUGAUACCUUAUCUUGGGAUUUUCUCUUCUCCUGUCUCAACGGCCUUCAGCUCCCAAGUGAAUUUAUCUCAUGGCUUCGAGCAUGCAUAUGUACAACUAGCUUCACUGUGGGAUACAACGGUUCGGUAAAUGGUUUCUUCAAGGGUACACGUGGUCUUCGCCAGGGCGAUCCCUUGUCACCAUAUCUAUUCGUCAUUGCACUAAACAACCUCUCCCUCAUGUUGAACAGGGCAGCUCAGGAAAUGCAUUUCAACUACCACCACAACUGCUCCAAUUCACGUCUCACGCAUCUCUGUUUUGCCGACGACCUCUUGAUCUUCAUGGAUGGCUCCCUCGAGUCUGUUCAGGCAGUGCUUCAGGUCCUACGUGAGUUUGAGUCUCGGUCUGGCUUAUCAGUGAGUGUACAUAAAACUUCAUUCUUCGCAUCAGGCCAUUCAGCUGCAGAAACUGACCUCAUUCAAUUUUCUACGGGAAUGGCCAUGGGAUCGCUUCCGGUUCGCUACCUUGGAGUUCCUCUCUGCACAAAAAAACUGUCAUUGUUAAAUUGUGAAGGACUUUUACAACAGAUCAAGAACAAGUUCUCCUCAUGGAGUUCAAAGGCACUCUCGUUUGCUGGUCGACUGCUACUCAUUAAAACUGUCAUUUCCGGAAUAACAACAUUUUGGUGCUCUACAUUCAUUCUUCCUAAGGCUUGUGUAAAGCGGAUUAACUCACUUUGUGGAGUGUUUCUGUGGAAAGGAAAUAUUGAAGAGUCUCACACUGCUAGAGUUUCUUGGAAUGUUGUUACUAGACCAAAAAAUGAGGGUGGGCUAGGGAUAAAUGAUCUGUUACUGUGGAAUAAGUCGUGCUGCUUAAGACUAAUUUGGCUCCUGUUCUUUCAGUCUGGUUCUAUUUGGGUUGCAUGGUUCAAGGAGGAAGUUCUACAUGGUGACCUUAGUAACCUAUGGACAACUGUCCCUAACAGGCGGUUCUCAUGGCAAGUCAACAAGCUACUAAAACUAAGUCCUCUUAUCUAUAAUUGGAUUUACCUUAGAGUCUCCAAUGGUCUCUCCUGCCGCUUCUGGUCAGAUAACUGGUCCCCGUUUGGCAACAUGAGAUCCUUCCUCCAACUCGGUGCAAACACUUCCAUGGGGAUUCCAGAGACGGCAACUCUAGCGUCCCUUUACCAGAACAACUCGUGGCGACUCCCUCCUGCAAGAUCGGAAGAACAGGUUCAAUUGCAUACUUACUUAACUACUAUUACCUUCACCGAAGGGCAAGACUCAUACGAAUGGGUAAUAGAUGGGAGGUUGAAUCAUAGUUACUCAAUUGGGACAGUAUAUCAUAACCUUCGAGAACAAGGGCCUAUUGUUCCUUGGACACAAACUGUCUGGAAUAAAGGUGGAAUCCCUCGCCAUAGCUUCUUGUCUUGGCUGUUCGUGCUAAACCGUUGCCCAACAAGAGACAGAAUCAUCGGAUGGGGCCUUCAAUCCUCUCUGCUCUGUCUUCUUUGUAAUGCGGCGUCUGAAAGUAGGAAUCACCUUUUCUUUGAAUGUAACUUUUCAUGGGGCUUGUGGGGAUCUCUGGCACUUCGAUGUGGUUUAUCACCUAACCGUUCUUGGGAUGGGGUAAUGGCUCAGCUUCAGGGCCAGAGUAGGAGAUCACCAAAAGGAAUGCUCACUCUUCUGUGUUGGCAAGGAUGCAUCUAUUGGUUAUGGUCUGAACGAAAUGCGAGACUGCACCGCAAUAUUUUUAGAUCAGUCGAUGCAAUGGCUCGUCUUAUUGACAGACAACUGAGAGAUAAGAUUCUAAGUUUCAGAGACACUAACCGUUCAGUUUCAUCGGUGAUGAUGCAGCAGUGGUUGUCUUAG